AUGACCACCGAAUAUGGAACUCAAGCCGGAUCCGAAGCUGGAGCAAGUGGAGGAGAAAUUCCGUUGUCCGUUGUGUUGCAGCAAAUGGCCGAGCAAAACAGCCAGAAAAUUCUCGAAUCCCUUGCGACCAACCUUAAGGAGUUUCACUUCGAUCCGGAAAACGGGUUGACUUUCGAUCGCUGGUUUUCUAAGUACGAGGAUCUAUUCAGGCAGGAUGGCAGAAGCUUGGACGAUGCCGCGAAGGUUAGACUUUUGCUGCGGAGUCUCAGUGUUCCGGUGCACGAGAAAUUCCUCAACUACCUGCUGCCGUCCCACCCACGCGAUUUCACCUUCGACGAAGUUAUAGACGAGAUGAAGCAGAUUUUUGGUCAGCAUAAAUCUCUGUUCAGCAAGCGCUACGACUGCCUCAAUAUUGAGAAGAACGAAGCCGACGAUUUCGUAACAUAUGCUGGAAUCGUCAACCGUCAAUGUGAGGAUUUGGAACUUCAGAAGCUCACCGUGGAUCAGUUCAAGAGCCUGGUGUUCAUCUGCGGUUUCAAGUCAUCGAAGGACACCGACGUCAGGACCCGACUUCUGUCGAAGCUCGAGUCCGAUCAAGCUGAAACCAUCAACCUGGCAGGACUGGUCACCGAGUGCCAACGACUGUCGAAUCUUAAACACGACACGGCGUUGGUCGAGAAGAAACCGACAUCUUCAGCGGUCCAGGCAGUUCGGCAGUCAAAGAAGCAGCCGAACAAUCAGAUGAAGUCAUCAGCAGACAUCAAGACACCUCCAUCACCAUGUUGGCAAUGCGGCGCAAUGCAUUUUGUGAAGGACUGCAAAUUUUCGAAGCACACCUGCAAACAGUGCGGGAAAGUGGGCCACAAAGACGGCUACUGUAGUUGUUUUUCCAAGUCAUCAACUACGGAGUCGAAAGCUGGUUCCAAGAAGAAGAAGCCUUUCAACACGAAGGUUAUUCAAAUCGUGAAGCAGGUCCGUAGCCGUAGAAGGUUCAUCACCGUCAAUUUCAACGGAAAAUCGGACGAGCUCCAAUUGGACUGUGGUUCCGACAUCACCGUUAUCAGCACACACACGUGGAAAUUGAUUGGCUCACCGUCAUCAACGGUGACUAGCGUAGAAGCAUCAACGGCAUCAAGGGAACCACUCGAAUUGGUUGGCGAAUUCACCUGCCCGGUUACUAUCGGGACAACUACGAAGGCAUCGGUCUGCUACAUCACAUCAGUUGAAGAUCUGAACGUCAUCGGACUGGACUGGUUGGACGCGUUUGACUUAUGGUCGAAGCCGCUUGCUGCCAACUGCAAACAGGUGAAUCUUUCCAAUUUUUCGCCUUCCUCUGAUCAGCACUUCCUUAAGCAAUAUCCUGAAGUUUUUCAAGAUGGUUUGGGCCACUGCAUGAAGACGAAAAUUUCACUGUCUCUGAAGCCGGAUGCCCAACCCGUUUUCCGACCAAAGCGACCGGUGUCUUUUCAUGCCAUCCAAAAGGUAGAAGAGGAGCUGGAUCGACUCGAGCGGUUGGACAUCAUCUCGCCGGUCGAUUUUUCGGACUGGGCAGCACCCAUCGUCGUUGUCAAGAAACCGGGGGGAAAAGUGCGUGUAUGUGCCGUUUACUCGACUGGGUUCAACGCAGCACUGGAGACCAACAACCACCCUCUUCCUACCCCGGAGGAGAUCUUCAGCAAGCUAUCCGGCAGUCAAGUCUUCAGCAUCAUCGACCUGUCGGAUGCCUACCUUCAGGUGGAGGUCGAUGACGAAUCCAAGAAGCUGUUGACGAUUAACACCCACCGUGGGUUAUUCCGUUUCAACCGAUUGGCUCCAGGGGUCAAGUCAGCACCCGGUGCAUUCCAGCAGCUAAUGGCGAAAAUGGUUUCGGGUCUACGUGGUGUGGAAGAUUUCCUCGACGAUAUUCUGGUGCACAGCAAGACUCUCGUGGAUCAUAACCGAAUCAUCCACAUGCUUUUCAACCGUCUGCGUGACUAUGGAUUGGAUUCCGUCUACGUGUGGAGAAGUGCCGAUUCCACCAGGAUCAAAUCAACCAAGAUUGCAGCCAUUUCGGAAAUGCCCGCACCAACCGACGUUCCCACCUUGCGCUCGUUCUUGGGUGCAGUCAACUUUUACGGCAAAUUCGCCCGCGAGAUGCACCAACUACGCCAUCCGUUAGACAACCUUCUGAAAAAGGACACGAAGUUCGAUUGGAGUAAGAAGUGUCAGCACGCUUUCCAAAACAUCAAAAAAGUGCUACAAUCUGGUCUGUUGCUCACCCACUACAAUCCAGAGCAAGAGAUUAUCGUGGCAGGAGAUGCGUCAAAAACUGGCAUUGGUGCAGUUAUUCUUCAUCGUUUUCCGAACGGCAUCAUCAAGGCUGUGUCACAUGCAUCGAGAUCGCUGACUGUAGCAGAGCAGAACUAUAGCCAAAUCGAAAAAGAAGCGUUGGCAUUGGUUUUUGCUUGCACGAAGUUCCAUCGUUUGCUGUGGGGUCGCCGGUUCACGCUUCAAACGGACCAUCAAUCAUUGCUGAGAAUUUUCGGAUCCAAAAAGGGCAUUCCUGUACAUACCGCAAAUCGGCUCCAACGAUGGGCCCUGACUCUUUUGGGGUACGAUUUCAACAUCGAAUACGUAUCAACUCAAGAUUUCGAUCUUCCAGUCACCCACAAGAGCCUGAAGAUCGCCACUAAGAAGGAUGCCGUGCUCCAGAAGGUAAUUCCCUACACACAAGGUUCCUGGCCAUCACGGUGCGAAGGUAUCGAAGAUGUAGAAGUUCGAUCUUUCUUCAGCCGUCGAGAUUCCUACUCCGUAAUUGACGACUGUAUCAUGAUGGCGGAUCGAAUUAUAGUUCCCAAAAGCCUGCAGAAAAGGAUCCUCAAGCAAGUUCACCAAGGACAUCCUGGUAUCGAACGGGCAAAAGCUAUCGCUCGUGGAAUCGUUUUCUGGCCGACAAUAGAUGAAGACAUCACCAACUACGUUCGUAGAUGCCCAAGCUGUGCGAAUGCUGCAAAAUCUCCACCACAUGCUCAACCACAACCAUGGCCUCGAGCUGAAGGACCCUGGCAACGACUCCACAUCGAUUUCGCUGGACCUGUGAAUGGAGAAUACUAUUUAGUUGUGGUGGAUUCUUUCUCAAAGUGGCCGGAAAUACUGCAAACUCGUUACCCGACUACUUCCACAACGACCACAUUUCUUCGAGAAUGCUUCGCAAGAUUUGGAAUUCCUACAGUCAUUGUGUCGGACAAUGGAAGCCAGUUCACCAGUGCUGAAUUCCGUGAUUUCUGCGAAGAAUUUGGGAUCGUCCAUUUCCGUACAGCUCCGUAUCAUCCACAAUCAAACGGGCAAGCGGAGAGGUUUGUGGACACCUUGAAGAGAUCGCUGAAGAAAAUUGUCGACGGAGGAGAGAGGUCAACCCUUACUGCGCUUCAAACGUUCCUGUACGUCUACAGAUCCACUCCAUCAGCGGUUCUGAGUGGACAAUCUCCAGCCGAGGUAAUGCUUGGACGCAAGAUGAGGACAACUUUGGACCUGUUACGACCGUCAUCCAAACCAGAAAUUCACCCGCAACAUCAACCAGUCAAGCGAAGUUUCCUAGCUGGUGCUCGAGUUUAUGCCAAAGUCUACUCUGCAAACGAUAAGUGGAAGUGGAUGCCCGGUGUUGUGCUCGAAGCUAUUGGCAACGUCAACUACAACAUAUUAUUGGACUGCCAAGUUGGUCGACGCAAAGUGCUACGUUCGCACAUUGAUCAACUUCGAACGGGAAUGGAAGAAGUUGCUCCUGCACCAGCACCAUUAUCCAUCUUGAUUGACGACUUUGGACUUACUCCAGCUGAACCAACACCUCAGCUGGACAGAACCCAAUCUUCGAUCCAGAACGAUCAACCAACACCUAAUGAAGUCCUGAACUUGGAUCAACCAACAUCCGAUGAGGAGCACGUUGAGUCAGCCGAGGUUCUUGAUCUUCAAGAUACGUUGUCGAGUGAAGCAGAUGAAACUCUACUGUCAAUGGAUGUUCCCCAGCCGAUUCUGACAUCGACACCUUUGCAACGUCCCGUGCGAUCAACCCGGCCACCAAUCAAGUUUCAAGAUUACCACUGCUACCAAAUUAGAGGGGGAGAUGCUACCUUGGCUACCAUGACUGUUGAUAGAUCACAGUAG